AUGUGGACGGGGCUGAUACGGCGCUUUUCGACCGAAGACACAAGGCUCGGGAGCGAAGCAGAUACCAACGACGACCAAGACAAGGACGGCGUAAAUGGCGUCUUCACCCCAAGCGGCCGGCGUGCCCUUAAUGCCAGUCCAUUUCGCCCUCCUCCGCUGGAGCCGCUGACCCUACAUGGGUAUCGCGACAGUACCCCGAGCUCAGCCCGGUUACUGACCAGUGCUAUUGCAGAGGAGAUCCGGACCAUGGUCCCGGAGAGGCUGCGUAUUGUCGACGAUUGGCAUUUAGUUUACAGUCUUGAGCAGGACGGGGCUAGUUUGUCUACAUUGUAUCAGAAAUGCCGGCACUAUGAGGGCCUCAGAGUUGGCUUUGUGCUUGUGGUCAAAGACCAAGAAGGCGGGACCUUCGGAGCAUAUCUCUCAGAGUAUCUUCAUCCAUCUCCUUCGUACUUUGGCAAUGGGGAAUGCUUUCUCUGGAAAGCCUCGAUUCUCGCCUCCCUCCCCUUGCCCCCAUCAGCCGAUACAACGAACCUUACUCGAAGCACGACACUCGCGCCAAUACCGUCGUCGGAGAGCGGGACUUCCACCCCGUCUGAGUCCGUACGAUUCAAAGCAUUUCCGUAUAGCGGCCUGAAUGAUUGUUAUAUAAAUUGCGAGACAGGUUUCGUCUCCGUCGGCUCCGGUGGUGGGCACUACGGACUUUGGCUCGACGACUCCCUUAAUAUUGGACACAGCUCACAAUGCGAGACUUUCGGCAACGAGCCGCUUAGCGAUGCGGGUGAAAAGUUUGGUGUCUGGGGUGUCGAGCUAUGGGUCCUUGGUGCAUAA